UUGGUUUGGAGAGACCUAAGGACGUUCCAAGAGGAAAACAUAGAAUUUGUAAAGACAAAGACAUUUGCAAUAACAUGAUAUGUUUGUAGAAGUAAGUUGUUCAGAAUUGCUAGUGGGUAAACUGAGAGUGGGGUACAUUGAAGGGAUGCAUAGUGGACAUCUGGCAGGUUAAAGGGUUUAGACAUUAUCUCGAGGGGGACAGAGGGACACUUAGCACGUAAGCAUGAUUGUGACCUGCUGGGACUGAUGUGGGAUUUGGGGAGCCAUCUGCCACUCAGAGAUGGAUGUGACUUUUCAGUUGCAGGGGCCAUUAAAGGCUACCUCUCUGAUGAGAAUGUUAACUUUCUUGUUUCUCCUCCUCUUCCUCAUUGUCAUGAAAACACAGCAGCAGAAUGGCCUUGGGACAGAAUCACACCACAGUGACGAGGUUCAUCCUGCUGGGCUUCACAGACCAGGCAGACCAAAAACAACUCCUCUUUGUCGUCUUCCUGCUGAUCUACGCGGUGACCCUGGUGGGGAACCUGGGCCUGAUAGAUGUGAUCCGCGCCUGCUCCACCCUCCACACCCCCAUGUACUUCCUCCUGAGCGCGCUCUCCUUCCUUGACAUCUGCAAUUCCUCUGUGUUCACCCCCAGGCUGCUGGUCAGCUUCCUCUCUGCUGACCAGUCCAUCUCCUUUGUGGGCUGUGUGGUCCAGAUGGCCCUCAUGGUCCUCCACGGCACAGAGGAGUGUCUGCUCCUGGCCAUCAUGGCCUAUGGCCGAUUCGUGGCCAUCUGCCACCCUCUCCUCUACCACACCAUCAUGUCCAAGCACUUGUGUGUCCGGCUGGUGGUGGUUACCUAUGCUGUGGGGGUGUUCAUUUCAGCACUGCAGACGGGGAAUGCCUUCAUCUUGCCCUUCUGUGGCCCCAACAUCAUUGAUCACUACUUCUGUGACAUCCCCCUACUCCGGCUGGCCUGCUCAGACACCACUGUGGCCAAUGUCAUCUUGCUCUUCUUUUCUGCCUUGAUCACUGUCCCCACAAUCUCAGUCAUCUUGGUCUCUUAUGCCUACAUCCUGGUCACAAUCUGCAGGAUGAGGUCCCUGGAUGCCCAGCGUAAGGCCUUCUCCACCUGUGCCUCCCACCUGACAGCCCUCUCCCUUUUCUAUGGGUCCGUGUUCCUUGUAUAUGUCCAACCCAACCCUGAAAGAGCUUCAGCCUAUAACAAGAUCCUGUCUGUGUUCUACACCAUCGUGAUUCCCAUGCUGAACCCGCUGGUCUACAGCCUGAGGAAUAAAGAUGUUAAAGCCGCUGUGCAAGGCCAAGGAGACAGAGAGAACCAGGAAACAGAGAAGAGCGUGCUCAUUCCUCCUUCAUCGCCCUGUCACAAGAGUUGCGCUCAGACAUCUGGCCCAAAUGUGGGUCACUGCCCUGGCUGCCCCGGCACCGAGUCCCCGCAGCGGAGCUCCUCAGGGAAGCCAGAGUUCUCACUCAGCGGGGCUCUCACUCACAUAUUAGCUAAAGGCUCCCAAUCCACCGGGGACCAGUGGUUCCGGCUCACGGGCCGCCCUUCUGCCACGGGGCUGCCAGCUGCUCACACAUAUGAUAAAGGCGAAAGAACCCACCUCAGGGCUGCAGUCGAGCUGCUUCCUCAUUCCUUCCCGUUGCUCAAGGUGGUUCUGCAUUUCAAGGAAGAAUCUUCCCGCUGCAGGAAGCACAAGUUAGAAGACUCCUGCUAG